CUCGUAAGUUUACUACGCCGACUUUACACAACGGCACACGCGUCCCCUUCAGUCGUAGCGCAGCUCUCGUCGCGUGUGGAACGGUCGCGUAUUCGGUGCGACGGGUGAUUUCAACGCUGGACGAGGCGCGUCGUUUUUUUCACGUAUUUUUUCUCUUCGUCCGUGCAUCGAAUUUUUCGCAAUCGUUUUUCGAGGGGGAAAAAGCAAAACUGAGAAUAUAAAAAAAAUAAACUCGUAUUUCGUGAAUCGUGAAACGUCGACGAAGGUAGUUUUUUUUUCCUUUUCGCGUAAAGUGUAUCGUACACUACAGUGCGUCGAUCCAGUUUUUCGAAAAUUAAUAUUUUAAUGGACGAAAUCGAAGAGGGUUUAACAACAGUGACUGUUCAAUAGAUAAUGUGUUGUUAAUCGAAGGGACAAUCUCAAGGGGGAAGAGAAUUCGUCUGGAAGCGUCGUAGCGGUGUAACAUCGUAUUGGAUGCACUCAAUGCCACUUGUUCGCCAAGUGUAAACAUGAUUCCCGCGCAUUGACGUAUGCACCGGACCGCGAGUGCGGGCUGCACUCAGCUGUGAAUUCGUAAAAGUGAGAUCAAAGAGGCAUGCUGAAGCACGUGUCAGUCUCUCCUUGGAGAGGACGAGCGGACAGCGUGAGUCUCGCUUCGAGCGGAGGUACGAGUAGCUGCGGAAGCGGAAGUCCUACCCCUGGACACACACCGCCGCCUUCGAGAGCGUCCUCCUGCGUUUCACUUGCACCCCUAACCGCCCUUUCCAGCUUCUCACCCUCCGAUGCGACGUCACAACAGACAACCAUAAAGGUGUACGCCAACUGCCUUCGGCCAGACAUCGAGUACAAGACCCUGAGCAUCACGUAUGAAACGACUUGCCGUGAAAUCGUCCAGAACCUAUUGAACAAAUACCGAAUGAGGCACCGUGACCCGAGACUGUUCUACCUCACCAUGGAGGUGACCGUGAGGAGACCGAACGUGAGGACCGUGCUUCCACUGGACGAGGACGCGAGGCCGGCCGUUCUUCAAUCGUGUCAUCCUCGUGGCGAUUCCAGAUUCUCGUUGCAGACCCGCCGCGGAGGACUUGUCAAAAUAUACGACAGCGCGCUCAUGUCCGGAUCGAAAUACAAAAGUCUGCUGGUGUCCGAGCAGACCACGGUCGAUGAAUUGAUCCAGAUGUUAUUGAGUUGCUACAGUUCUAAAGAACGCGUCGAGCAAUUCUCCCUUUACGAGGUCUGCGAAGGUGAAGAGUAUCAAAGGAAGUUGCAUCCUGACGAUUCACCCCUUAAAGUCACGCAACGAUGGUCAAGCGCCGAUCGUCAUCUUCGCAUAAGACGCAAUCCAGACUACAAUCCUCAUAGAAGAAAAAGUAUGUGGGCGUCAGACUCGAGCAUCAGCAUGGCGAUGUCAAGACUGAACCUACACGGCACCCAUCAGACUCAUUACAACCAAGGGAAUGACAACAACAACCAUUUAGCGUUGUAUCAGCGCAAAGAUACAAGUUCGAUCAAUAAUAACAAUAUCCAUAAGAUCGAUCAGCAUCUAUCUUUAGGCUCUUUGAAUCAGCAGCCAAGAAUCGUGGUGCCCCAUGCGACGCAACUUCCGCAGUUGCAAAUCCCACGGUUGCAACAAUUGCCUCAAAGUGUUCCAUCAACGCCAAUCUCGUCGAAACACAUUACGGCGACCUCGUAUGCGGACUAUGAAAAUUAUUUGUUCAUAUAAAUAUUUUAAUUUUACAAUUUUAUUUCGUGUAUAUUUGAAUUAUAGAUUGAAGAAGAUUACAAGACGCGAAAUGGAUUGAGUUGCAGCUGUUCCAAAUGCGCUGAUAGUUUGUUGCAGCUUUUAAAUCGUAUUGAACAGUAUUUAAACAGUUUGAUUGAGCAGUGAAAGAAAGCUUCGUUAUAAGCAGAAUUUGGAAUGAUUUUUUGAAGUAGAAUUAAUGAAUUUCUUCUUUGCAAAGGAGCAUAUUUAAGAUUGCACGAAUUCUUUAGAUUUGAGUAGUUCGAUAUGAUGAUAAGUGGUAGAUGGAACACGGUUCGUGUCUCAGCUUUUCGCGUCGAUAAAACGGAACAAAGAGAAUUUACAAUUAUAGUCAAUAGCGAGAAACAAUUGUACCAAAGGUAGACGUACGAAAUGUUAGAUAAAUAGUAUAUUCAUCUUUAUAUUGUAUAAAUGUGUUGCGUUAGAAAGAUACGCUAAAAAUUGAUUAAGAGAAAAAAAAAAUAUAACGUAUAAGUCUUUGAGACUUAUCUAAGAAAAUUAUCGAAUUUGAAUUUUACCAUGAGAAUUGUACCAUGAGAAUAUUUUACGAAGAAAAUUUGUAUAAAAUUUAUACAAUUGUAUGGUAUAAAAUAGAGUUUAACAUCUCAUAUUUAUAUGUCGAAAAUUAUAUUUUAUCCAAGAGCGUUGCAGAAUGCAACCUCUAUUAUUUAUUUAUAACAAUCGUGUAGUGUCUAAGAGAACGAGCCUGAAAUUUUAAGUUAUUUUAUAAUAGAAUCCUGUGCUGUAAAUUUCGUCGUGCAAUACGAUCGAACAGGGUUCGAAUAUAUUCGUGUAAAUACAUCCAAUAAACGACGUGUUACAACAAUUUUAAUAAUUACACUAGCCAGUCGCAAAUGUAAAUGUUGAUAUAAUUCUAUAUUUUAAUUCUGUAUGUAUACGUCGUUCCUGUGCGAAAUUAUCGUAUUCAUUUAGUUGGCAUUUAAAGACGCUACAUAUUAUUGAUGCGUUAUUUUUUUUUUUUUUAUAUAUAAUUCAUUGUAAAUAGAAAAGUUCUCUUUUACUAUUACGUUUCGUCAAUGUUGCACUGAUUGCCAAAGAAUCGUUAUGGAAUGAAAAAUAAAAACAAUACGUUUAAUCGUACGACAAAACGAAUAUAAGUUAUCUUCUUUGUCACUUGCACGUAUUGAAAUUAAAAAUUAUCACGAGUCGCAUAGAAAUUGUAGAAAUUGUGCAAGUAGGACUUAACAGCGUAACGAGUACAAUGAAUAAUUUGUAUUAUUUUGAAUAACAAAUAGAGUGUAAAUAUUCAUUUUG